ACAGACCUACUGUAUAUUAAAGGACCCUGCCCAUGCGUCCUCUCCCUGUCACCUCCCUCUUCAUUGGCCUUUAUAAGCGUCUCACACAGGGGGGGCACUACUUUCCAAAGAGAAGCAUCAGGAAGGCUAGCUGGUUCGGGGAUCUCCUGUCUAAAACUCUUAACCAUGGACAACCAUUCAUACAACUUCCCCUCUGACUGCACCCCACUCACCAACUGUAAGUCUGCCCGUAAACCAGGUGGAUCCACCGUGGUGAACAUGGGCAACGCUGGCAAGAAUCCUCCCAAGGACUAUCUAAUCUGGUCGCUGUGCAACACCUUGUACGUUAACUUCUGUUGCCUGGGAUUCAUGGCUCUCAUCUACUCUAUCAAGGCCCGGGACCAGAAGACUCAGGGUAACCUGCAGUUGGCCCAGGAGUGUUCGGACAAGGCCAAGUGGUACAACAUCCUGGCGGCCGGCUGGAACAUGCUGAUUCCACUUCUGGCCGUCGUCCUGCUCGUCCUCCUGCUCAUCCACCUCGGUUCGUCCCAGGGCUCAUUUGACUUCUUCGGAGAGGACGGCUUCCAAAACUUCAUUAAACUUUUCAGCUGGUAGAUGAAGAAGAAAUGAGGAAAAAACAAACAAACAAAACAAACAAAGCCCAAAACAGAUCAGUCUCAAAAUCAACCCAUUCACACUAACUGGGAGAGGGUAUUUGAUUGGAUUCAGCAGAUGGGGCUCCUAAAGAGUUUUACCCUGUCAUAGUUAAGCAAUAAAGUACUUGAAAUCAUGUCCUGUACUGGGCUUUCCUAAAAUGAGCUCAGCACUAAAAUAUUAAAAAAUUAAGCCCUGGUUUUUGUUUGUGUAUUGUCCUCUUUGGGAUGCACCAAUACCAAUGGUGGUAUCAGAUAUUUUGGCCAGUAAAAGACUAAAACGGGGAAAUUCAAGCAAUAUCUGAGAGUUACACCGAAACAACAAUGGAAAAAACAUACCAGUGAUAAAGGUUUAUGCAGUUAAAGCAACACAACACUGUGAUACUAACAAUUUGUAUUAUGAUUACUUUAAUGUAUAUCAGCAUCAGUGCAUCCCCACUUCUGUUGUCAGUAUUAGAGGUUAGUACAGCUUAAACCUGCCGGUCUCCCAGGUACGGUCAGUAAAUGUGACGUGAAGUUGAUAAAAGACUGAACAGCCUAAAAAAACGGAAAAGAAAUGAACAAACUGAAUCCAGGUUGUGAGAUUGAGCAAGCAAGCAGCCACUCUGGGUCAUUUUUGUGUUGUUAUUUAUUGUAUUUAUGUGGAACGGAAACUUUAAAGAAUUCAUCUUUAGUCAGGGUAGAAAGAGAUCGAAGAGCGGAGCGAACAGAGGACUGUGGAGCCAAAGUCUGAAUGUCAUGAUGAUGAAAAGCCACUUGACAAAAGACAAUCAACAUUCACCUCCCAUUCAUAGUCUAUUAUUAUUUUUCUUCUUUCAGCAGUUUUUGUUUUACAUGUUAUUACUAUUACAACAUACAUCUAUUUUUUGUCAUUAUUCAUGUAUUUUAAUUAGUAUUUUGUUGUGUAAGUAUUUUAAUUUUACAUCAUCUUAUUGCUGACCUCUUGUGAGUGAGCUAA